UAUAGUUCAGUAUUGCUUGUCAUUUGGUUUGUUAUUUUUCAUGCCACUAGUCAUUUGAACGUGUGAGAAUCGCAAAAAUACAACACUUUGGAAUUGAGUUUACAACAUUAAACGAAAUUAAAUCAUAACAUUGGAUAAACAGUACAUUAAGUGUUAAAAAUGUCGAAAACUCAUCGUCGCAGUGGGAAAUUCCCUGGUGGUUCAACAAAAUCAACACCAAAUCCAGUUCUUAUAACGCAUGAUGAAUUAGAUCAACUCAUCGCAAAGUUGAGACUAUGUGACCAAAAAACGAAGACACUUGUUUCAUUUUUGAAAGAGAAUAAUUUGAUGGCGAAUGACACCAAACAACAGACAUACCGAAAUUGUGAAGCAGAAAUUCAAAAGUGCUUCACUCUGAAUGACGAAAAAACCUUCGCGUACUGCAAUGACGUAGAAAAGUUGAUGGAAUCGAUGGGUAUACAAUAUGAAAAGGAUGAGUGGCGAUUGUCCAUAGACAUCUCAAAGUCGACCUUGAAGUUGGUGUUGUUACAUAAAUCGAAUUCGAAACCAUCAGUUCCAGUUGCAUAUAGUCCGGAUGUCAGUGAUUUCUACGACAAAAUAAAAGAAAUUUUGAACUUUAUCAAAUACAAUCAACACCAGUGGCUCAUAUCCUGUGAACUAAACACAGUGGCUGUGCUGUCGGGCUUGGUGCGUUUUGUAGGCUCCAUAUGUUUUAUGUGUGAUUGGAGCGCUAGUUGUUGCGGAAAUCCUUACGAUCGCAUCUGGACAAACCGUAGUGAAUGGGAAAGGGAAUUCAAAGAUACAACAGUAACCCGUGAUGCUCUUGUUUCACCUGAAAACAUACAGUCGCCGCUACUUGAAAUUAUGCUUGGAAUCGUGAAAAAUUUCUUGGCCGCUGUUGCCAAACGAGAUUACGCAUAUCGAUGUUUGAUCCGCAUUUUUCCAAAACACAGUCUAAUCCAAUUAAAGCGAGGUAUUUUGAGUGGUCCCGAAAUACGGGAAUUAUUGCGACGUGAAGAAUUCGAUGAGGUUUUAAUAGACAAUGAAUAUGAUGCAUGGCAAGCUAUAAAAGAGAUAAUCAAGGGAAUGUUGGCCGGAAAUCGCUCUCAAAAUUACGAAAACUCCGUGAAGCAAAUGCUGACUUCCUUCUGUAAUUGUGGCGUUGACAUGUCGCUUAAUAUUCAUUACGUUCAUCACCAUUUGCUGUUCUUCAGCCAACAGUUGUCGACCGAAUCAGUUGGGCAAGAUCAACGACAUCAUCGAACCGCAAUGCCAUUCGAAUUAAGGUACAAAGGAAAGAAAACACCUGAUGCCAUACUCGCUGAAACUUGUUGGUGGUACAAAAGCAUGUUUGAGCAUUACGAAGUCGAAAAAGAUGCCGAAGUUGGAAGAAAACCAGACGAAGAUUUGGACACUUUUAUCGACUCAGAGAGCUCUGAUGAUGAUGACGAUGAUACCAAUCUCCAGUCGGCAACGAAAAGAAAACGGAAAUGAAUCAUUCAUUCCAAAAGACAACUCACAAAUGUUAAAUCAAUUGAUGAAGUUUCAUUGAUUGCAUUUAAGAUUGCUCUUUUUAUAAUUGGAUCAAAGUCAAAUGAAACGAUCUGAGCGUUGAAAAGCCAUAAAUUUACGGAAAAAUUAUGUUAGUUUUUCUCCACGAUUUUACCUCAUUUUAUACUUAUCGAAUUUAGAAGAAUAAAAUCUAUAAACAUAAAAUUGAA